AUGGCGACAACUCUCGCAAUUCGUGGAGAAUAUGCUCCUCUAAUUAAUGAUUAUAAAGCGGAAUUCUUUUGGCGACGUUUUGUAAGGACAAUUUUAGGUGGACCGAAUGUUUAUCUUCAUUUUAAAGCACCACGAUAUAUUUAUUUCUUUCAAAUUUUAUUAUUAUUUGUACCCUGGAUACUUGGUGGCAUUUUUACAAUCUUUGUUGAACUUAUUCCAUCCUCUAUUAACAUACCAUCAUUGUAUUAUGCUAUAAUCUACGGAGGCAUUAUUACCGCUUAUAGUUUUAUAUUACACUACAUAUCUUACAUAUUUAGCCGAAAAGUAAACGUAAUUGGCUCUUUCAAUCAAAAUGUUCAUUCCGAAGAGUUAGAAAUGGAAUUUACUUCAUGCUGUAAUCCAUCUACUUGGUAUUUCAUCUUUGGUAAUAAAAAGCAUAUUUAUAAUAUAAUAUUGCAUCCAAUAUGUGCUGGAGGUUUAUGUGCCCUUAUUUAUUAUUAUCUUCUACCAUCGAAUAUUAUUACCUUAUUUUCGGCGUCAUCAGCGUGGGUUCCUAUUUAUACCAUGGGUUGGAUUUCAUUAUCCAUUGCUCAAUACUCACUAAUUGUAACUUGCCCACCAGAGCCAGCAGUUUAUCGUACAUCACAAGUAGAAGAACUUGAACCGUAUCGAAGACCAUUCUAUCUCGCCGCAAUUGCGAUUUUUAGUUUAGCGACUAGGUAUUGUUAUACAGACUUCGCACUGGUUCGAACAGUCUUAUACAUAGUCUGCUGUUGCUUACCUUUGUUAUGGUCGUUGGGUAUUUUGUCGCCAUUGGAUGCUUUACUACCGUGGUUAGGAGAACAAUUAUUAAUUAUCAUGUAUGGUGGAUCUCCUAUGGCUAACGAUAUUAGGUUAUUGAUACAAGUUGUCUUUGCUACCUGCAUCUUCUUACCAACAUGCUUUAUUUCGGCGCCAAUCUUUACCAUUAUUUAUUCUGCUUGCUUUGGAUAUCUGUUGAGCAUUGAUCUAUGCGGGUUAGCUCUUCCAUUUUACUCUAAAAUAAGAAAGAAAACCAAGCAUAAUCCGCUGAAAUCACCGCUAAUUUCAUGUCAGUCCUCUAGCGUUUCCACAAUGGGAUGGAAGCUGGGGACAGCUGAUUAUAUUAUUCACGUCGUCAUGUUAGUUCUUGUUACUAGCAUCGCAACGGCUACAUCAAUAAUAUCCAUAAAUUCUAUCAUCACUGCGGCUACAAAAACCAUAAUUAAUUCUGUAUUAAUGUAUACUUUAAUUGCCUUAUUAAUACUGAUUAAAAUAACCGGAGACCUUCAAGGCGUUUAUUUAUUUUGGGGUUUACUGCCAAAUCCAUUUUAUCCUCGCUCAGCGGAUACUAAAGAAAAAUUUCUGAAAAGAAAGAAACAAAUGAAAUUUUUGGGCAUACUCUAUCGUGUCCUUUUACUUAUAGUUGCUCCGCUUCUAAUGCUCGCAUACCUUGGUUUAAAUUUGAAUGUAACCGCCGGAACAAAUACUCUAUCAUUAUUUGUGUUUGGCUUAGGAACUGUUCGAGCUACACGAUGGGUUUGGCAAAGUACUAUACAUGCCCUGUUCGAAAUGUCAGUUGUCUUUCUCAUUACACUAAUUUUACCAAGUAACAGCACGUGGAUUAAUUUUGGUCUAGGUUUACAACUUUUCAUCGUAGCCGUAGCUCGAAAUCGAUUGCAACUUCUAGUAGGUAAUCUGUAUAUGGCGACAUUACUAAGCGUAACAAGUUACACCAUUAAAAAGCAAAGAGCAAGAUGGACGGUCCCGUUGUUGGUUGUACUUCUUCUUACCCUACCCAUUUCUGUAGCCAUGAUUUUAUUAGCAUCAACGCUAUCAGCACCAUUAUUACCACUUUUUACCGCCCCAAUAUUCUUAGUAGGAUUUCCACGUCCAAGGCGUAUUUGGCCCAACGGUGAUAACGAUGCAGCAUCUCGAUGCCAGGAUGCAGUCUACUAUCAGCAAUUAUUGCCCGUAUUAUCAUCUGCUUUAAGUAAGAUGAUAGGUAAUGGUGUACUAAGAGAACCUUCUCCAGGUUCACAGUAUCUUUUACGUUUUCAAGACAGACUAAUAUGGGUAGUUGUCCUGGAACGUGGCUAUGGCUAUUGCAAUCUUAAUAUUAAAGGCUUAGAGAUGCAGGAAACGUCAUGUCAUACAGUUGAAGCUGCUAGAAUUGAUGAUAUUUUCCAGCUAACAUUUGAACGAGGAGAACGAGGACAGUUCUGCCAAUUGAAUCGUUACUUUUUUAACAUAUUGCAACCUGUCGAUGCUACAUACCUUAAAACCUAUUCAGAUGCACGUAGCGUCUUGACUGGUAUUCUUGACUCACCGGAUAAUAUCAAACUAUUGACAUCAUCAUUUGCAAAUACUUUAAUUUGGACUCUUGGGCAGCAUUUAAUCAUUCCUCAUUUGCGCCAGAUAUUAUGCAAAAGUGAUCCCAAUGCAAAACAAAAACAAAAUAAAUCAAGCCUUGAUCAGCCGGCGAUACCGAAAGCUGAAGUAAGAAACCAACGAAAUAGUAUUGAAAAGGAUACUGAAGACUACGGCAAGGAGAGGCACGACCGCUCAUCAGUUGCUUCAGAAGUUUUACACGAUAGAUCAAGGAAGAAAUCAGUUAGUGAUAGUAUCUGGUCCGCAGAUGAUCACGAUUCAUUAUUUGGAAGUGAUGAUGAUGCUAGAGAACGUAGUAAUGGAUUAGCUUCGCAACGUAAGAGCAAAGGCGCAGCGUUUCCGAGAGACGAUAGUUUCCUCUCUGCAGCUAAUUCAGUUGUUAACCAUGGCGAUGAAGACAACUUUAUUUUUGGUAGCCCUGCAGUCGACGUAAAUAAAAAGAGAGCUAGUAAGGGUACAACCGGUGCUGAAGGUGAUAGUAUCUUCUCCAUGCCUAAUUCUUAUAAUAUUGAGUUACCACCAAGAUGGAAUGAUUUACCUAUUGACGCAGAUUUCUUAGACGACUUAAUUAAGCGUUAUUUCCGUCAAGAUUGGUUUCAACACGUACUAAAUCGUUUAGCGGAAUCAAGCGAUGACGAUAAGGAAAGGGAAAAAAUUAAAGCUUUGGCUACAGAUCAAGAGGCCGUUCGGAUCUUCGCUGAAAUUAUUAUGUUAUGCUACGCUGCGGUUGACGUCUUUGGAGUUCCAGGCGGUAAUGCUGAAGUUGCUAGUAUCGAACAUAUUUAUCGAUCCUAUCAGGGAAAUAUUUCCCCAUCAUCGCAACUCAGUUGGUUAUCGGAAAACAAGGCCUUACAAAAUGCUAUCAUUUCCGCUUACAGGUACGCGGUCAAGUUAGUCUAUGAUACGGCUAUACUAGGAGAAGUGACUAGCCUAGAAGAAUUAUCAGAAUAUUUGCAAGAAUAUGAUAAUGAAUGGACAAUUGGAACUGACAAAAGUCUGGAAUGGUCUGAAGGCAUCUUAAAGUCUCAGCCUCACCUCUAUUCUUUAGAUUAUAACAAAUCGGAGGCUACCUAUACAACUCGUCUUUUAACCCUACAAGACGUUCUCAUUCAUGUGGGCAUACUAAGUUCUGAAUGUAUCCAGAGCCAAUGGAGUUCUUUAGCUUUAGAAUUAUUAUAUUUUACUAAUGACGACGAAGAACGAUAUAGUAUACAAGCCCACCAAGCUAUCUUACGGAACCUCACCGUACAAGCUGCUGAUCCACCACUAGGUUAUCCCGUAUAUGCUAGUGGAGCAUUAUCUAUACCUCUAUUCAAAUAAUUUAUUCGCUAAGAGAAUAAAAGCAA